AUGGCUAAAACACCUCUGACUCUCUCAAAGCCCAUUUUUUAUCUGCUUGUUCUCCCUCAACUUGCUUAUUUGGGCAACUCCAAGUUCAUUAUCCACUACAGUAACGGUAGCCACUACGAGAACGCCCUGACGACUCCUGUUACUGUUGUUGAACAUGAGUUUUCUCAUCUGUUUGAGAUCAAAAGACUGAAUUUCGCUUUCGAUUACGGUCCGAAGGAGAUCUUCAGCUUUAUACAGGGUAAGUUUGUUCGUUUCACGUUGGAUUCAUGCUUUAUGCUAAUCAAAAAAAGAUCCUCAAAAAGAAAGGCUUCACACAAAAAUAACAUUAUCAGUCUGUCGGGAAAAUAAUAACCAAAUGUUGCUGCGCCAAUGGUGUCGCAGAAGUGAAAAGCAAUUCGGCGGCGAUGCGAUUUACGAUGCAACAGAGUGCUCAUUAUUUUCCCGACAUACUGAAAUAAUAUGGCCUUGGAGCUUUUUAAUCCAAAAAAAGAAAUUCUGAUGAGAGUGGGAUGCAAUAAUUAGGAGAAAGAUGUACAUAUUAAUUGUGGUAUUGGAUUAAAACAGUUUUUGUAUGAAAUGACAGUGAGGGGAUGGUAAUGUUACGCUCAGAUUUUCUUUAUAUUUUACGCAUUUUUCGGGCAUAGAGGACAUAUAAGUCUGUCAGGAAAACAACGAGCAGUCUGUCGCAUUGAACGUUGCUUCGUCGUCGAGAAAAGGCGUGCUUGGGAUUCUUUAUUUUUGCAGAAGAAUCAUCAAAUUGCUUUUGACUUCAGAUCGAAUAAAAAGCUACGCAUAAACUGGCCAUAUUGCUAAACCUCCCAUUUUCCAGACGACUGUUUUGACGAAGCAAAAGCUCGCUGUAAGCUUCCGAAAAUCAUGCCGCUGUGCAACAAUUCCGUCUACAAACGAUUGAUGAAGGACAAGUGCAAAAAGACGUGUGGAAUGUGCGCGCACAAGCCGGAUAUUCCAGCCGAGCCCUCGGAUGACGGAUGUUUCCCGGACGAUUGA